AUACAGUGGAUCGAAUAUUAUACUAACAGCUCUCAAAGUUGAUAGGACGAGUUUUCCACUCAGAACUGCCAUAGGUGGAGCCGGGAAUGACGUCAUCGAAAUUUCAACCGAUGAAGGAACUCUGUCUAAUAUGGCGGACGUAGCAUCUGUUACGUUACCAUCUGCAAUUCUACCUUUCGUGCCAGAUGACAGUAAGGCGAUAUCCGUCAGUGUCUUUCUAGUAAACUCGCCCAAACUGUUUCAGGGUGACAGACCAUCUUCAUCAAGUAUUCCCUCGUCUACAGACAAGCAGAAUCAGCAGCCAAAGAUCACCGUUGUCGCUUCUCCUAUCUUAACUGUGACCAUUGAGGGAACUGAUAUCAAAGACCUCCCUGAUAAUGAAUCAAUUACCUUUGUGUUUCCUGUGAAUCAGAAUUCGGCGGAAAAAUACAAUGACACCAAACAUCCAGCGCGCUGUGUGUAUUGGGACAUCACCUUGGAAGAAUGGUCGGACGAAGGGUGUAAAAUCGACAAUGCUACCUUUACAGACAUGGUGGCUUGUCGGUGUAAUCAUCUCACAAGCUUCGCUGUUCUUUUGGAUAUCAAGGGAAGUUUUGAAUCUCAAGUUAUUGAUCUGAUCAGUCGCAUCGGUUGCAUUGCAUCAAUUGUGUGUCUGUGUUUGACCAUUAGCAUUCUUCUGGGUUUUAGAAAACUGCGUGGAAAACGGCCACAACAGAUCAUCGUUAAUCUCUGUUUCGCCUUGCUAUGUUUAUACGUCACUUUCGUCAUCGGUAUUGACCGACCGACCUGGAGGAUCAGCUGUACUGUGGUUGCUAUCCUAUUGCAUUACUUCUGCCUUGCAUCGCUUACUUGGAUGGGUGUAGAAGCCUUCAGCAUGUACAUGUCAUUCGUCAGGGUUAUGGACACCUACAUACCCAAAUUACUCCUAAAGUGUUGUCUCGUCGGAUGGGGCAUCCCGUUAAUUGUCGUCAUAGCAACAGUUGCCAGUAAAUGGACAGCGUACCAAAACUCUGACUACUGCUUCCUUUUACCGGGACCUUCUUUAUAUUUUGGACUGAUUCUGCCAAUCGGUCUGAUCCUCACCUGCAAUUGCAUCACCUUUACCAUUGUUAUCUAUAAGCUAACCUGUGGUAGGAAGACUUUCUCCGCCACCAGCACAAGGCUGUCCAAGAAAGAAAGGGUAGCCACAAUCCGGAUCGAAACCAUUCGUCGGGCACAAAAUGCUGUUGCAAUCGGGACGUUGCUCGGUCUCACUUGGUCCUUUGGAUUCCUGGCUGUAGGUGAUGGUCGCUUAGCAUUCAGCGCCCUCUUCGCCACAUUGAAUUCUCUCCAGGGAGUCUUUGUCUUUCUCCUCUUUGGCAUCAGGCAACCUGAAGUGAAAGAAAAACUAAGGGCGACUCGGAUGCGACUGUUGCAGGGUGUAAGGUCUGCGCGUAGAGGUUCAGACUUUUGGACCUCAUCGAGUGAAGCGCGCAUGGAUUCACGACCCUCUGACGUCACGAUUAUCCCAAUGGAGCAAACCACUGGCCUUACUGAACCACUGCCUUCAAUGUGCCCCGAAAGAGAAGCGUUGUAAUCGUUAAUUCCGGUGUUUUUAUAGAAUGUGACAGUUUAGCCUUGUUACUAAACACUUAUACAAUUAAGUCUUCUACUACUAGUAUUACUACUACUACUAAUAUUACUGUAAAAGUAUGCGUGAGACGUAACGGACGUUAGAGUUGAGAAAAUAAAAACAUGUUUGUAAUGUGAAUUGCGAAUCCCCAUAUGAUACAACCUGAACGCAUGUUACUAGUACAUAAUUUAUGAAAUGAAAAAUAAAAACAGUUAUCGAAUGAAAUCAAAUAAGACGAAAAUGAUAUAGCCCUAUCACGAAAAUGAUAAUUACACAUCAAAUAAAUGACUGAUUUAUCGAAAUUUUGACGAGUUUAUUUAUCACUUCUAGUUAGGGUCACAUUGUAUGUUUUUAAAA